CCUUGAUUUGGUGAAGUUAAAUGAACUACAGUCUAGUAACUCAUACUCCACUAUCAUGCAUCUUAUUCGCAUUUUUCCACUAACUACUCUCAUCUAAGUGAUUUAAGUGCGCAAACAUCUACUUCACAGCAGUCUGUUAAAUCUGUGCAAUGGACUAUGUUUGAUACGCACACAUUCUCAUGAUUGAUACCCAAAGUCCACCGGUCUCAUGAUUGAUACACACAUCUUGAUACUGGUCGAAAAAGUUUAUGCAUAAGUUGUCGCGUUAUCAACAUUUUACUAUCUAUUUGACGAUAGGAAUUCACUUAUGACGAAAUCGAUAUCAACACUGUACUAUCUACAACGACCCCUUGGCGAUCGACAAGAAUUCACUUAUGACGUCUGGGAAAUCUUAGGCAGCUCGCCGAAUAGAUUCAUUUCAUCAUGACGAAAUCAUAUAUUGUACUAUCUACAACUGCUUGACGAUACAACGAAUUUACUUUUGAAGAAAAAGAGACGGUCAUGGUCUACAGCAACAACGAUCUCGUACUACGGACGAUGGUGUCAAACCUCCAUGCACAACUGAGAAGACGACAGGCUCUAACCAAACAAGGCGAGGGCGUUGUUAUAAAGAGGACCACCACGACGACUGCAGGGGGAGCGCCUUCACAAGGAGACAUCUUCAUAAUCAAGGAACUUGAACUUGAAAGGAGACAAUAAGGAGGUUAACGGACUCCACCCUUCGCCGGCAGGCGCGCCGGAUAUCACUAGGAUCACCCUUCCAGCGGUCUUAGCCUACAAAAAAAGAAACUUCAUAAUCAACGAACUUGAAAGGAGACGUGACCUUUAUACUUAGGGAGACCUCCACAUCUGCUGAGAAGUAUGAGGAAAGAGACAUCUGCAUAGACUAGCAGUAGCCGCAUACUCUCCAGCGCAACUGUGUCAACGAACACUGGCCGAAAAGAAUACUACCGCAACUCUUUAACGCCACUGUUACACCGGUCAAAACGAAAUCAUGAAGAAAGUCGCGGAAACGAAGAAGACGGAGGCGAUGAAAAAGAAAGGCGGCCUGACGAGACCAGGCGGCUCCAAGUUGCCCUUCCAAUCGCUCAAGCAGGCACCGCAAUCAGCGAGUAGCUCAUGUCUGACAUCGGCAGCGCUGUCGUCAAAUGCCGGCUCCUCGUCUUAUGGCUGCUGUGUACAAUUCAUUUUUUUCCCGAUGGUGCUUUUCCACGCUGUUCUGCAUCUACAUUUACUUGCCCAGGGACAGGGCUAGUUAGUACUGAUGUACUCUUAAACUCCUAAUAGUAGGGUCUUCGAAUCUCGUGGGCAGAGUUCUUAACAGUGACACGCGCCUCCUGUGCAGAACAGCCGGGGAAAAGCACUCUGGCCAGCCUCGCGCCUGCUUGCGUGGUGCUUGCGAAUAGUGCCCAACCAAAGCCGCCUCGGCUGGCUGCAAAAUUCAGCGCUCCCGCGGAGUGCGCUCGCCCUUCCGUGUAGAAAUGAAGAACGCACACCCGUGGGCUGUUCCUUCACUGCGUCCAGACUGAAUGCACCACGCCGCCCCGCUGUGGUGUGACUCCCCGCGACCACUCUCGCAGAAAUGAGAGCUGACACGGGCGCCGGCCCCUCUCCUGGUACAAACACCGCCGCGCGUAUUAUUUCAGGGGCAAGCCUUUCAAAGCUUCCGUGGGUGACGGGGUCCUUCGUUUUGUGGUCAUGGGCUCGCCCACUCCGUCGCAGCGGCAUGGGGCCGCCCAGUCAGAGCGCACUCACAAAGCCGCCACGGCGCCGCCCCCGUGGGUGUCGGUCGAUGGUAGCAAACAGAGCGGGCGACGGCGUGCAUAGGUGGCGCGCCUCCGCUGCUUUUGUCGGGUUCUGCUGUGCGGGGCAUGUGAAACGCGUGAAGCAGCGGGGGGGCCCUAUGCUAAUAGCUUCGCUGGCUCACUCUUUCGGGGAGGUAACUGAGCGGGGCUACGCGAGGGGCUGCCGCUGCGGUGCCGUGGGGACGGUGCAUGGUGUAGCUGUGUGGCUCUUUGUUUCUGCGGGCAGGGCGGGCGCCUUGUCUUAAUGAAACUCGAGCGCCACCUGGCUGGGCUUGUGUGUAGUUGUGUCUCGGGUGUCUGUGGGGGUGUGGCUUCCGUUGGAUUGUUUGAAGGAGAGCGGAACCCGAAGCGGGUGCUGCCGGGUUUUGCAGGCUCGGGGUAAUACAUCGAGGGAGAACGUGGGCACCUUGGUUGGAACUACCUGGAGGCGGCUCUGGGGUGGGGGGCCAGCCUCUCUCGCUUGUUGUGCUUUUUCUUUGUCGUUGCUCGUUUGGUCGAGUUCGGUUGGCUUCGCUUAUGCUUUUUCGUGGAGGGCGCGCGCAUUUUGCCUACGGGGCAACGCAGUGCACCAGGGGACCCGCCAAAGCUUGCUGCGGUGUAGCGUUUCUUGAAAAGCUAGGGGGUGCCCCUGGGUGAGCGGGCUGGUGUGCGUGCUAAGGGGUGGCGGGCUGUUGGGGGGUUAUAGUUGUAAACAUCGGAAACACGGAUCGGAAGGCUUUGCCCGGUGAUCUCUGUCUCGGGUGCUCUUCGGCUGCUGUUGUGUGUCUUAGGUAAUGGCGCCGCUGUGCUUUUGGUUGGUGUGGGUCGUUUGCUUCUCGCAGGGUAGCGCCUUGUUUGCGCCGUCGUUCGUUGUUGGCCCUGGGUCGUGGGUGAACUCUCUUCCCCUGGCUAGGGCAGCUGCCUUCUUCGGUGGUGGACCUGCCUGCGGAGUUGAUUCCUUCUAAAGCCAUGAGAGCGCGCGGCGCUUUGCGGCUUCUUUGUGAUUUGGGGGGGUGACUGCUUUGAGCGGCGUGAGGUGGUGUCGCCUUCUUGUUCCUUGGGGGCUUCGUCGAAGCCGAGGGAACUUGCUGGCGCUGGUGAUGCUUAUAAUAUUGCUCCUAAAAGGGGAGAAAGUGAGCCCAAGCAGGCGGGGGCCUCUGGGGUGUGUGCUGAUAGAUUGUAGCUGUUGUCUUUUUUUUUGGUCUUCUUUCGGGCGUCGUCGGUGUCAUGUCUUUCAUCCGCAAGCAGCUCAGCGGGGGGGCAGACGCAGGCCAGCGUGAGACCAUCAAAACGCAGAAGCGCCCAUGGGCAGGGCAAGGGGUUCUGGCCUCGCGUCGUGGUUCGUUUUGCUUUUUGGUGUUUGUUUUAGCGCUUAUACCCCUCGCUGCUCUCUGGUGUUGGUUGGGCAACUUAUGGAGAACGAGGGAGAAGCCAAGCGGGGGGCACAGCUUGAACCCCGGCGCCGCCCCUAGGAGGGCGCCGCGCCUUCACUUUUGUGGGGCUUGUCGGCUCGUUCGCAUUUGAGAGCCGCUGCUCCGUCGAUCGCUCGUGGGUGUGCCCAGGGAAGGGCACAGGUGGCGCGUGGUCUGUCAGGUUUGCGCUGCGGCGUGCGGCUGCCUGGUAUCGCAGGUUCUGCAGCGGGGUGGGGCAACUUGUGUCGGGGCUUGGCUGGGCUUUCUUUCGGAGGUGGGGGGUGCGCUGUGUAGUGUUCUGCGGCUCAAAAUGGGAGGCGAGUGGCACUCACUGCCUUCCACCUUUGGCGCGGCCCAGUGCUUUCGUCUUCUGUGUUGCAUCAUUGGAGUUAGACAGGGGCGCCAUGUGCGGGGGGUCUCUUCUCUUUUCGGGGCUUGUUGGCUAUGGUAUUGGCAUCACCAUGGAGAUGGAGGCACCCAGAAGGUGCUGCUGAUUGAAACGAUUGCGAAACACACGGCGCGGCGCGCUGGCUUGGGUGCGUGGUGUGUGUUCUGACUUGUGGCAGGCUGUCGGCCAUUCUACUUUUGUGAGCAACGUGCUCCCCUUGAGCGCGCUGGUUAUGCUGGCGGCUUGCUUGGUGGUCGGGUGCAGGUAGUUGGCAGCUGCUUGCCCAGGUUCAUUCUCAGGCCUUGGCUGCCCUCCUCCGGGUAGGGUGCAGCAAAGUGAACCAGCGCAACAGGCAACAGGCGCGCAAAGAUGGGGCCACGCGCUUGCUUUGUUGGUUCUGUCUGUGGGUGUCCUCGGUUUGCGUGGGUGGGGUCGCUCUUUUUCUUGUGUGUCUGCCUCUCUGGCAGUAUGCAGAGCGACGGGAAAGGAACGGGGGGCCAGGCAGCUCGCCUGGGUUUCUGCCUUCGUUCUAUAGGCGCGCGCACUGCGCGUGUGCUCUUGUUUUUCCGCCUUGUUUUUGCAGGCUUUUCUGUGCAAGAAAAAAAGGGGCGCGCGCAGCGCGCUCUUCUACUUUUUUUGGCUUUUUUUUAAGUUACAAAGAUAACUGGUGAAAGCUGUCCCCCUCUAGAUUCUUGGGGCGACUACCCUCCCCAUUGGAAAUUGCUUGGGUGUUCGGGGGGUCAAACUGCCCCCAUAUCGCGGGGGGGGUUUUCAGUGAAAACCCCCCCUGCGAUAUUGUGCGAAAGUAGCCCCGGAACGCGUUCUCUUCAAGGAACUGCGUUCCGGGGCUACUUUCGCACAAUAUCGCGGGGGGGGUUUUCACUGAAAACCCCCCCUGCGAUAUGGGGGCAGUUUGACCCCCCGAACACCCAAGCAAUUUCAAGGGCGGAGGGUAGUAGCGCCAAGAAUUCAGAGGGGGAAGGCUUUCGCGCGUCAGGGUUCUCACUUGGCAAAAACAAAAAAAAAAAACUAAAGGGGCGCGCUGCGUGCGCUUGGUUUUUUUCUGCAUGUAAAACGGAGCCCGCAAAAAAAGCGCGCGGAAAAACAGAAGCGCGCGCUGCGCGCGCGCGGCUUGGUGUCGAAAUGACCAAGCAGGCGGGGGUGGUGUGUGUGGUUCUUUUUUUCUUUUGGUGUCUAAUAUAGUAUGCAGAGCAUGUCUUUGCCCGCUUCUGUCUUUAAAAGUAAACGCUGCGCAACUUUUGCAGCAGGCCCCUGGCACAAGCUGGCAGCUGGGGCCGCGGGUGUGGUCAUUUCGGUGCUUGAGGAAAAAAAUUAGGCAGGGGGCAGGGGUGUGGCUUGUUUGUGGCCGGUGUUGGUAUCAGUUCCACGCGCUGAAGCGGAUGGCGCGCGCCGUGCUUGCUUCUGCAAAGAAAAAAGCAAACAGAAACACAUGAGCCGAAGGACCUGGCGCCGGCCCCUCGCUGUCGUGGCUUUCAUCUUGCUAAGGCAGUGACAUAGGAGCGAACGAGGAAGGCGUGCCGCAGCUUGGGCCGCUCACGGCACUGGCUACUGAGAUUAAAUACGAGGCCCGGGGCUGCAGCACGUCGCUGCAGGUCUAGGGCUGCCGCAGGUGCUUGCUUUUUGCUUCGGGUGCGUGGGAAGUAGUUAAUGGCGGGCGCUGUUUGUCUCGUAUUAGUUAUGGCUCGCACCUGUGCAGCUUGGGCGUACCUGCCUAGCCAUGACACACCGGAGCCAGCAAAGUAAGCGCUGGGCGCUUUUCUCUGUACAUUCAUGUCGGGGCGUGAAAAUCUGGCGCAGGGUAGGGGUGCUUCUUGUUUUAAUCUAAGUAAGUGAGGUUGCCUGCCCAUGGGGUGGGGCCCCCUCUUCUCUGUGUCGUCAGGUGAUUGCCAGUGCGUUUCUCGCUGUUUGUUCGUGUGAGUGAGUGGCCAGCCCUUGGGGAGUGCUUUUUAGCUCGAUGAAGCUGGGGGCGGCGGUGUGUGUGGGUGGGUGUGUCUUUGGGAGGUGUGGUCUUCGUUCCUUCUCUAUUUGUUUCGCGGAGGAGCUUCGCGCCAUGCGUGUUGGCUUGCUGGCUCGGUCGUUCUUCAGUUAUAUUAUUAAUUUCGCUCCCGGCUCGAUUUUGCUGUUAGGUGGUGUCUGUUUUCUGUGCUGUGUGCAGGUCGUCUUCGCUGCCGCUCGCUGUUGGGUGGGGGGCCUCGCUUUGUUUCGCGUUGCAACUUGUGAAGGGGUCCCCGCGCAGGGUUGUGUUGUGUGGGUGAAGGGGGGAGGGCGCGUGGCGGGCACUGGGCCGGCGCUUGGGUCGAGGGCUUCGCCGCUGUGCCUUUUCUUCUGGCUUGGGAUGUUUGGCUGGGUGAUUUUUGUCGCCGAUGAUAAGUGGGUCGCCUUGGUUGUUAUGUCUGGAGCCUUGCGGGCCGUCAGCACUGCCGGCGCCCUCGUUUCAAACGGGGCGGGUGCCAAUGUUAACUGCGUGCGUGAGUGUUCGUUCAGUUAUGCAGCUUUGUAGGCUGACCUUGAAGCCCCAUCGGUCGCUGGGGUGGCUGGGUGAGCUAUUUCCGGCCUCUGGCUGCUUUUGCUUUCGCUGGCUUCGUCUAUCUAGUUCUAAGUGGGGUGGAGGUGGUCCCGCGAUUAUGCUCUUCGGUGCGCUGCACCGGUGGCCGCGUGCGUGGGCGGGCGGGCAGUGUGUGAGUUCUCGUAGGGUUCGACGGUGGUGCCUUCUCCUUUUUUGCUUCGGGGGUUUGGCGGGCAGGCUUGUGCACCUUGGAGCCGCCUAUCUUUGUCGCUGUGUUGGGUUUGUGAAUGACUCCUGGGGGCCCCGGCUGCUCUUUCUUCUACUCGUGUCUGCUGUUUGGUCUCUUCGUCCUUUUUUGUGGGCCUUUCGUCCUUUGUUAUUUGUUUGUCGGCUGGCUGCGGCGGCCCCCCGCGCCCGUCGACUAAAUUGAAAGUGAGACUCGCUCGCUCGGGUGCCCGUGGGUGCGUAGCGUGCGAGGCUGAGUCGGUUCGCUGUGGCAUGGGUUGUUUCGCGUCGGGCUUGGCAGCUUUUGCUCCACUCGUUUCUCUGUGUCUAUGCACUGCCUGGCAGGCUUUUCCUGUCUGUCUAUAGGUGUCGGCGCUCUGUCUCGUUCGGAUAAGGAAGAGAGAGAGACCGACUGACGGGGGGGCCGCUUUUUGUCAUUUCGGUCGGGGGACUAGGGAAGCGGCGGCGCCGGCUCUUCUUUAGGCGCGGGCCGUCCUCGGUGUCUUGUGUGUGGCUGUUUGGCAUUGUUUUGCUUUGUGGCAGGUGGCGGCGUGGCGUCUCGGCGUGCGGACGCGGGGGGGGGGCGGAGCUAUUGCGGCAACAGUGCGGGGGACCAGCGCAGCCUCCCCGCCGUGCGUGCGGGUGCUGUGCGUGGUAAGUGAUGGCUGGCUCAAGCAAUGGCGUGAGAGAGGGACCAGCCGGACCCUCUGUCUUUCCGCUCUGUCUUGCGUGCAGCUGCGUACUGGGGCGGCCGGUAGUGGAUGGCGCUUCUUUGCCGGGUAGCGGAUGCGUCCGCGGGGUCUUACGGUUAUUCUGGCAGCCUGGUCUUUGUCGUGGCAGCAAGGUGCGCGGGGGGGCCGUGCUAAAUUGAUUCGUUGCGAGUGGCUGUGGUCUCUCAUUGUUCGCGCCCCUAGCGGGGGCUGUAAGUAGGGGAAGCAAGGUGGCGCAACUGCAGCAGCCCGCCCGCCCCGUCGCCGGAUAAUUGCGGGCGGCGAUUGGUGUGGCGUUUGUGUUGCGGAUGUUGUGUUCUGCGCAGGUGGGGAGCAAUGGGUGAGCAAUGUGAGAAGGCGCGCCGCCGGUCGUGUUCGGGCUCGGGGAUAUGUGACAAAGCAAGGCGCCGCAGGCGGGGAUCCUCGGCGGCUUACUUUUUCGGGCGAGCGCUUUUUGCGCUGCAUAGUGCGCGUCGCACUGACAACUCUGCCGCUGGCGAGAGUGAAACGCGAAGACCCUCUUAUUAGGCUAAUCAGAGUACAUUAAUUCGCUCAUCUACUGCUCUUCCUCCAUCUGAUCAAGAAAUCACGAAGGGAAGCAAUUAAGCCGUUAUAUUUUUACUGGGGCCUCACUCUAAUUCUCGUCAAAGCCGACAACAUCGCAGAAAGUUGGCCCCUUCAAAUCGUGGCAACCAAGUGAUCGCAGUGAAGAAGCCAGGUCGCUGCUUGAGAUCGUCAGAGGAGUAGCCAAAAAAUUCCAACUGCUGAAAGCCGGCCGAGCCCCUCUCACGCUGGUGCGGAUGUUAAGGCAAAGGACGGAGGCACACGAGAGCUAUUUAGAUUAGCAUAAGAGAGGACUACUCAGAGCACAGGGACUAUCGCUAAAUAUUAAGCAUGCUACACAUCCGCACCCAUCAGAAAGUCUAGGCAUUACCAUUACAGAUGCACACCCAUCAGAAGGCCUAGGCUUUACGUAUGCACAUUCAUCAUAUAGAUACGAGCACCGUAUGUACGCAGCCUACCUAGAUAGGAGUAGCCCUAGCCUCACCUUGCCCAUAUACGCAUAGAUCCAUCAGUGUUCCCUUAACGGAAGUGCUACCAUCGAAGAACCUACUAACAGCUAGAUGCUGCGACCAUCGAAGAAGUUAGUCGCUAUCCCAUCAACCUUCGCCAUUUCUUAACGCUUGCCAAUUCUUCUGCGAAGAAGGCCGGCUAGCUUGUAGUUAGUUUAGCUCUGUCACCUCACGGGGCUUCCCCGUCUUGUGCAGGGCCGCCACUUAGAUAGACCAGCGCCAUGAAGUAAAGACAGCGCCAGGUGUACUGCUCUAAGAACCAACCGCGACGCGCUGCCUGAGAUAGGGAGCAAGCCUUUCCGCGGGGGCCGACGCUUUGCCCAUUACAAGGCCGCAAUAGCGAAGCUGAUGCAUUGGAAGCAGCCGGCAACUACAAUCGCAGCGCUCAGCAAAUUCCAGCCGCCGUCACUCUUUCCAGCAACAGUGAGCCCGAAAAAAUCGGCGCGGUGUGGCUCUUUCUCUGCGGACACUCUGCCGCUCAAAAUUGCGACUGGGAUGCUGCCGCUGGCUGUCCUCUUUUUCCCGCCGGAGGUUGUGCGUGAGCCCUUUGGGCUGGAGGUGGUCGAAAAAGAAACGCACUCGGCCGUCGCGUGUUAUCUGCGGAAAGUCUUACCCGCGAGCGUUCGAACUUCGCGCAGUACAAAGCCGUGCAAGAUGCUGGAGCGCCAGCGUGAUCGUGUCGCCUUCGUCGAGUGGCGGGCGGACAUCGCCGAGCGGGCAGAUGCCCAGGGUGGUGCGUGGUUUCGCAUCGUUGGGCAGGGUGUUUACUUCCUUCCGCCAGCUGGGUCGUCCGAAGGAAGCGACGGCGGAGCGGAGCAGUUCUUUAUCUUAUGGCUCAGCGUUCUCCGCUUCUUUCUUGGUCAGCUCUCGCAGCUUCUUUCCCUCUUUGGGAUUCUUAAGAAAUGGGGGGAAGAGGUGGGGCGCUGGGCUUUCCGCUCUAAUCAUUUGCAUGAAUCCCCGGGCGGAAUUGGGUCCAAGCCUCGACCAGAAAAACACUGGCGCCGCGAGCUCGUCAAGCUCAGUGGAAAGAGGGAAAAAGCAGUAGGAAAUGAGGAACAGAGAAGCGGCGCCAGCCUUGUCGAUUGUAGAAAAAAAGCGACGCUGUGCAUCGAGCUCGUGCCCCCACCUCUGAUUGACAAACUUAAUUGGUGCAACCACAUGCGGCAACACGUGAAAUUUUGCUGGGUUUGAUGACGUUCGUAAAUGUAAAGCUACACGCGAAAAAAUCAAGUCGAUACUACUUGCGAUAUAGAUUGACCUCCCUGUUGGGCAAUGGUGCUCGGUGAUCUAAC